AUGGCUAGAACCAAAACUACCCCAAGACUUUCUGAAGAACAUUGUCAACCACCACCAUCCAACACCGCUGCUGAUCAAACCUCUGAUCAACAACUUUUGAGUGAAACCCCUGUACGCACCAUUCUUCAGGACGUAAUCAUUCCUGCUUCUGAAAAUCCCAAAUCUUCCAAAACCAGAUCCUCUAAGAAACCCAUCAUCAAACCCAGACCAAUACCUACCAGACGAUCAACAAGGAUGAAGAAACCUUUGAAGAAACCAAAGGUAUCUCACGUGAAUCUAGAUUCUGACGAAGAAAAAGAAGAUUCAAGUGAUGAUGAAGACUCUGAGGAUGAAACAGAGGAAGAUCCAGAAGAAGAGGAUGAAGAUUCUGAACAAACUCUUUCUGACGCAAUGAAAUCAGUAAAAGCUUCCUCAAAAAGGGAUAAGGAACUUACAAAGAAAAUACUUCAAAGGAGGAAGGAGAUUGCUGCUGAAGCUAUGCCCUUAUCUGAGGAAAAGACCUCUAAAGAUGAAGAAGAAAGUGAAGAGGAAGAAUCUGAAGAAAAGGCUGAAAAAGAAGAAGAGAAAGGCUCUUCUAAGAAGCAUGGGAAAGGUAAAGAUAUUACCAAACUUGCUGCUACCUUAAAAGCAUCUAGGGCUGAGAAAAUUGCUCUCAGACCUAUGAGCAGAACCAAGUAUUUCAACCUUGAAAGUCUGGAAACCAAGGCAUGGAAUAUGAAGGAGUUCACUGAACCUCAAGGAUGGACCAACUUCAUAACUCUUCAAGAACACACCUAUGAAGACUUGGUCAGAGAGUUCUACACCAACCUAUCAGUUCAGGAAAAGAAGAAUGGAAAUGAGAAGUUUCUCAUAUCAUCAGUCAAAGGUGUAAAGAUCAAGAUGACUCAGGAAUUUGUCUCUGAAGCAUUCAAAAUUCCAAAUGAAGGUAAUCAGCUAUACUCUAGCUUCUGGUUUGAUGAGUCUAGAGUUAACCGUAACAAACUCAUAGUUAAAUACACCAAAGAAAAUCACACCUUUAACUCCAUAAACCUGGAAGAUACUCCCAAAAUUCUUCACAACAUGAUUAGGCAUUGCCUUUUACCUAGAUGUGGAUCUUUUGAACUUGUCUCUGACAUAGAUCUUUGUUUCAUCUACCAUCUCAUGAAAAAGAUUAAGUUAAAUCUGUGUUUUAUCAUUAUUCAACACAUGAUUGAUUCAUGCCUAGCCAUAAAACAAACAUCUGCUGGACUACCCUAUGGAAUGCAUCUCACUUCCAUUUUUCAAAAGGCAAAAGUGCCCCUUGAAGGAGAGAAACGCAAGCUGGAUUUUAUGACCUUUUCUUCCAAGACCUUAGGUCAACUCCAUAUUACUUCAUCCAACAUGCCAGCCUCCAAAACUUCUGGACCCUCUGGAUCUGGUAAAAGAAAUUCUGAUCAGAAUGUUCAGAAAGCUGUGAAGAAAAGAAGGGUUGAAGAGAUUACAGAUACCAAAACUCCCUCUCCACCAGCAGAAAAUUUGUUCUCUGAAGUCUCCAAGCUUGCAAAGGAGAUUGUUGAAGAAGGAAGCUCGCAGUUCAAAACCUUGAUUGGAGAAGAUGAUGCUCAGAAGGUUGAUGAUGCAUCUCUUCAAAAAGAAGCUGAGAAAGUCAAUCAAGCUGAGGAAAGUGAAGAAAUCCCUCAAGAUGCUGCUUCCAAUCCUAAUGAUCAAAGAGUUGAAGAAAAUACUGAGUUUGGUACUCAGAAUGUUGAUGAAGAAACUCAGGAAGUGGCUGAGCUCUUAGCUUCAAAUAUGAACAUUGAAGAAGAAGCUCAAGAUGUGGAGUUCUCAACUAGAUUUGAUCUCAAUAUUGAAGAUAUCAACAUUGACUUCAAUAGUGAGUUGUUUCAAGAUGGACAAGAAACAACUCAGCAAGCUCCAAAAGGUCAGAAUGUUGAAAUUCCUGCUGUUCAGAAUGUUGAAACUUCUGUUGGUCAGAAUGUUGCAGUGUCUAAAGCCCAGAAUGAUGAAGAUAUUCAUGUCAUGGCUGAUCGAGACAAUCAAGAGCUUGAUGAUCAGCAUGCCUCAAAUGAACUUCCUCCAGAUGGCCAGCUGUCAGUUGAUCCCAUGCCUUUGGCAUCAGGAUCUCUGCCCUCUGAGGAGGUACAGCUCAUGGCCCAAAAUGGUCAGAAUGUUAACCCAUCAUCCUCCACCAUGGAUUCUGUUGCAGGUGCUACCAACUUCUUGGUCUCUGACCUCCCUACUCCACCUUUCAUUCCUUCAUCCACUCCACCAUCACAACAAAUGAAGACCACCACAAGAAGCAAACUUCCAAAUAUGGCUGCUUUAUUUGACUCUCUCAACACCUUUGUGUCUGCAAACAGAGAGCAAGCUGAAGCCUCUGGUCCUGCUGAACCUGCUAAGCCUUCAAGAGCAGAGAAGAUAGCCUCAAGGGCACUUAGAGUCUCCACCAAGACCCACAAAAUUGCUUGUGUGCUGGCUGACUGGACUGUCAAAGUCCAUGCUCCUGGUUUGGCCAUUCCACCUCCAGUAUUUGAUGACCCCUCCAUCUUUGAAGCAGAACCCUCUUCUGAUUCUGGAGACUCCACUCCAUGA